AAUUAUACUAGGAUUUUAAUGGAUCUCUAAACUGUUCAAGAUUUCACAUUAUAACACUAAUUGUAAAGUUAUAAUUAAAAAAAAGUUAUUAAUUUAUUGUGUGUUUCAUUAGAAGUUUGAAUAAUUUAAAAUUCAGUGAUUAUUUAUGAUAAUUGUUUUAUUUCUGAUAUUUAACUUUAAUAAAUGUUCAAUUGAAACCAACGAUAAUCAUGAAUAAAUUAACAAUAUGUUUUAUAUUUAUCACUUUAUUCGCACUGAUUUUAUGCCAACAAAGCGAGGACUCGGAAGACAGCGAGCCGUCAAACGGUAACAAAUGUGAGCCCAAACCCCAGCCCUGGGCUAAGCCUAAGAACAAUAAGAAGAAUAAUAAGAUGAAGGAUAAGGACGACGAAGAAGACGACGAGGAGGAAGAGCCUAAAGAUAGUGACAAUAAGAAACCCAAUGAUGACGACGACGAGGAAGACGAAGACAAUAACAAGAGACCAGAUUCUGGUGAUAAACAAAAGCCUAAGAAGAAGCCAAAGAACAGUAAACCGAAGGACAAGAAAGAGCCCGAAGAAGACGACGGAGAAGAAGAUGAGCCCAAAGAUGACAACAAACCCAAAGGGAAGCCUAAGAAUAGGAACCAAAAGAAACCGAAAGAUAAUAAACCUAAGGAUGAAGAGGAGGAGGACUGGCCCGCGGGUGAAGAGCCCGAAGAACCCGAGUUGGAGACACCCGAACGCCAGAGACCCGAUC